AAUCACAGGCGCAUUAGACCCCCGAGGGCUGUUCAGGCACACUCCCUAGCUCCCCCCACUGAGAAGUAGUAUUUGACUGCGAGCGCAGAUAACUUGUCAAACAGUUGACAGCUAAACUUCGACAAGCGGACCACACGCUUACUUGACACUUCAAGAAACUUCAUCAAAACCUUCCACUCUUCAAAAACACAGAGACAGUCAGCGAGCCCAAUUCUUUUCUCAACUGCAACAGUUAGUUUUCGGCAAUCAACAAGUUUCAAUUUUUAAUUUCUACGGUGUGCUAUCGUCUAAAAAUCUGUAAUUUGGAGCAAUAUCUUUCGUGACAGAACACCUUACAACACCUGUCGAGUAGUGGAGUGGGUGCCAGACUUUUGGUGCACAACAUUUUAACAAUCGUGCAAUUUACCUGGUUACUUAUUGACGGAAAGCCUGUCGCAUGAAGCUAUCAGUUGGUCACUGGGACAUGAAAAGGACAAUGAGUGAAUCAGAAAGUGACGAAUUAUUUGACGAGACCAUGAAAGGAUCACCGAGCCAAUCAUGCCCAGUGAGUGCAAGAAAGAAGCGCCGUGGGAUCAUCGAAAAGAGAAGACGAGACCGCAUUAACAACUCCCUUACCGAGCUCAGACGUCUUGUACCAGCAGCCUUUGAAAAGCAGGGCUCUGCCAAGCUGGAGAAGGCUGAGAUCCUCCAGAUGACCGUCGACCAUCUGAAAUACCUCCAUGCCAAAGGAAUUGAUGGAUCGUUUCAUCCGUAUGGUGAGGCCCAUGCGUACGCCAUGGACUACCGUGUGCUGGGCUUCAGAGAAUGUGCCUCUGAAGUAGCAAGGUACCUCGUCACCGUAGAAGGAAUGGACAUUCAGGAUCCCCUGAGGCUUCGGCUCAUGUCCCAUCUUCAGUGCUAUGUGGCCCAGCGUGAGUUCCAGACCCGACAGCACUACACCGUCUCCGGUCACUCCCAGUUCCCAGCACACACACAUUCGCAGACUCCGGCGUUGCCGCCUCCACCGCACAGUGGUCCCCAGCACAACCCUGGCGGUGGCGGCGGCGCGACGUCGGAGCACCACCAAUCCAGCCUUCCUCCAGCCGCUACAUCCGUCAGUGAGAACUCACGCCAGAUGCUUCCUAUGAUCACCAGCACGAGCCACGCGGAAACGCAACUGCAGACCUCCUGUCACGGAAGACUACCCAUGCCGGUACCUCCGACCGGUGUCGUAUCGUCGGCCCCCAUCGGAAACAGUCAGAGUAGCCAGCUAUCGACGCAGAUAGCACCAUCUCUGCCUAUCCACAGCCAGUAUUCGGUGCCCUACAAUUCGUUGCCUGUCCUCUCCCCCAACGGCUACACCGGAAGUCCUACCAGCACAUCCCUCAACCCACACACUGCCCUGGUGUCCAAGCCAUACCGCCCUUGGGGAAGCGAAAUGGCAUACUAAAGACAUUCGAUACUCACCAAAGAAAAGGUGUGCCCAUAGAUUGUGCUUUGCACGAUAAGGGAGAUUUGGUUCUCCAGUGAUUAAUGAAUCUUUUGAUAUUCUCUUUCAUUUCUAGAAAAAAAGUAUUAAAUUGUACUUUUAAAAUGCAAUGCCCUAAUAUUAUGGACCUUUAACUUCACGUGUCAUUGUCGGAAUUAUCCGGCAGAUGUAUAUUGAUGUCUAUUCAUGUGUCAAUCAAAAAAAAUGUAUCUCAUUGAAUCAUUCAAAAUUCACCUUGAUCUGUUGCUGUUUUAUAUCGAAUAUCAAAUGCAUUGAAUACUGUUCUCUUAAAUAUUUUCAACCCUUCGUAGGCAUACCAUUGGGUAGUUAACCUUCCUAAUUUGCAUUUUGUCAUUAUUUAUGUGCUUCGUUUAAGGAAUCAUCAUUGAAUUUGCCAUUUCGUUAUUUUGUUUAGCUACAUGUACCUUGCAUGAUUUUCGAAUUGCAUCAUUACGUUAAGCAUUGCAAUAACUGCGUGUAUAUUACUUUGUUUGGCCGUUGAUGAGACCUUUACGCAAUAUUAUCUAAAUCUAAAGUCAGUGAUGGAAACAAGAAAAACAUUCCAGUAUCGCCAUGCUCUCACAGUGUCUGGCGAUAUACAAAAUAUAUGUGUGUCACUAAAACAUUCCAAUUUUGAUUAAGUUAUUUGCUUCGUUUCUUAUAAUUCCAUGUAGAAAAUAGAUUUCGUAAUAUAUUGUUUAUAAUUUAUUAGAUGAGUAGAUGGUACCUCAGAAAUGCUUACUCUGAAAAGUAGAAGACAAUUAUGGGUAUUGGCCUAUUUUAUUACAAGGAACUUGACAAUCAGAAGUCAUUGAUUUGACAUCGCGGUUUGCAUCAGCGAUCUCUGUAGUGUAGGUAUUCUAAAGCCGAUGUUCAUCAGCGAAAUAUGUGAUUUUCAUCUCUUGUUUUUUUCAAAUCUAGGAGGAAUAUUUUUUCUCUAGAUUCUCAUGUUAGAAAGAUAAUCCUGAUAUUUCAAUAUAAGUUCAGAUAUUCUCAAAUAUCUUAAUUUUGAAUUUUGAUUGGACAAUUUUUUCUCAUAUUGAAUGGCCCAUUUUCUUGAGAGCAACUAUUUCUGUCAAUUUGCUCCCGGGGUAAAUCAUCUUUCACCACCAACUUUCAUGUUCUCCACAACUAAUUAUGAAAUAUAUAUAUAUGUGUUUCGAAAUGAAGUCUUUAAGGAUUUGGCAUGUCCGAUAAUUUACAGCCACCCCCCCCCCCCCCCCAAUCAGAAGAAAAGAAGGUGAACCAGAGUGGCCAAUUAUUUUCAAUUUCAUUUGCUCUCCACAAAGAUGUUCAUGAAAAGCCUUUAAGUUGACAGUACAGAUUAAAAGUAGCCUCUUUUUCUUCAUAAUUUUUCUUCUCGAACAGUUUAGACUUGCGAACUUUGAUCGAUUGCACCGAAAAGCAACUUUGCAAAGUGGUUUUAUUGUAGAUUUAUUUAUUGACCAAUGAUUGUAACACAAUAUUUCGCUGUAAUUGAAUGUUAUGCUAUUUAAUUUAAAAAAGUGUAACUCGAGAUCAUAUUUAUGUAGAUGAAAGACAAUUAUACGUAUAUGGUCGGCGUUCCCCGACUAUUACCUCAUUAUUUAAUAAUUUAUUCAUCUCUUAACUUAUUGUGUAAAUAGCUUAUUAAUUACAUUGUAUAAGAAAGCUACGAUCAAUCAUCUAUACAGGUUUAAUUGUUUUUCGCGAACGAAUGCAUGGUUAUAGGCAGGAAAACAGUAAACUUAAAAUGUUUACCUCUUUGCGUUAUUGACAAGCAAUAAAUAAAAAGAGUAAUAUUUGCUUCCUCGUUUAUUUUUGUAAAAAGAAGCCAACAAAUGUUUGAUUUGCAUUUCGUCUAAGCAACCGAUUUCAUAUUGUGUAUUAUUUAUUAUUGUGAAAACGAAAACGAUGAAUAAAAUAUGAAGAUAAUUGUAUGUAGACACCAAA